AUGGAGGAGGAGGAUGCGAAAGGAGACACGGGCGAGGAGAAGACCGCCGAGAUGUUCCGGGCACUGGCACGGCUUCCACUCGCGGCGGUGCGAAGCAUGGGCGGCGCGGUCCGGGUGGCGUCGUACUCGGAGGCGGCGGCCGACGAGGCCGCACGCAAGGCGGCAUCGGCGGCGAGCAUGGUGCUGCCGGAAACGCUGGAGGGCAUUCUGGACCUGGACAAGGUCAGCGAAGUGCCGCGCGAGGAUCUUGUCGAGGGGUGGCGGGCCCACCACCUCGACAAGGACGGGGUCGUCUGCGCUACGGUCGGCGGCGAGGUCGGCGCCAAGCUGGCGAGCCGCGUGGUGGAGAGCCCGCGGUUUGUCGUGCCGAUUCCGCGCGAUCAGGGCUUUGUCACGGUCCUGCUCGAGGGCCGUCGGGUGGAGGAGACGCAAGCGCUGGACGUGUGGUACACCUUUCUGCACACCUACCAGCAGUACGGCGGGCAGGCGGCGCCGGUGAUGGCGACGCGGUACUACUACGACCUGGCGGAGAGCAAGGAUCUUGUGCUGAUGCGCGGCGGCGUCGACACGAUGGCCAUCUCGGUGGAGGAGGCGCAGUAUCUGGGCAACCAGACCUCGAUCUUCUACCUGCAAGACGACAAGUACACUCCGUUCGUCCACACCUUUAACCACCAGCCGGACUCGUUCAACUUUGAGGCCAUCCUCGAGUCGCUCGACCUCACGCUGCCGACAUCGGGGUGAGACGGGCAGGCUGCUGCUGCAGCAACAACCAUAGACUACACUGUAAACGAGUCUACUGGGAGCUACGCC